GCCUCCGUCCGCGCCGGGCGAGCGAGCGAGCGAGCGGGCGGGCGGGCCGCCGCGGGGCCGGGCCGCCAUGGACCACAAGCCCCUGCUGCAGGACCGGCCGCCCCCCUACAACCUGGAGAGCGGCCAGGGCGACUACGCGUGCGGCCCGCACGGCUACGGCGCCAUCCCCACCGCGCCCCCGCCGCCGCCCUACCCCUACCUCGUCACAGGGCUGCCCACUCACCACCCCAGGGUCUACAACAUCCACAGCCGGGCCGUCACCCGCUACCCCGCCAACUCCAUCGUGGUCGUCGGCGGCUGCCCGGUGUGCAGGGUCGGGGUGCUGGAGGACUGCUUCACCUUCUUGGGCAUCUUCUUGGCCAUCAUCCUGUUUCCCUUCGGGUUCAUCUGCUGCUUUGCCUUGAAGAAGCGGAGAUGCCCCAACUGUGGCGCAACCUUUGCUUAGAGGGCGCUGGCUCUCUGCUGUAAAUGUGUACAGUAGUUCUGGCUGAGCUUCGGGACUGUGGUGUAGGCGCGGUGGGGCUAGAGGGGCGUGCGCGAGCCCAGCGCCCUGCGCCCUGCUCCCGAGAUGAACGACAGCUCACAAAAGCACUGCUCUUAUUUUUUGCAGUCUUCAAUUUGAGAGGUGAGAAACACUGUUUUAAAUAAAUGAGAUUCCUACCGUU